AUGAUAGCUGUCCGCGAGUGCUGGGUUACCAAGACUGAAAACAUUGUCAAUCGGAAGCUACUGGGGUUGGCUCGAAUAUACUUUAUCGAGCAACUCGAUCUAAAAGCUGGAAAUUACGGGCGUGGAUCUGGGGCAACGCGGCGUGGCUCUGUUGGAGGCUGCGCUACAGAACCGUUAUCCUGCCCCGGUGUUAAGUACGCUGAACUCGCCACAAUAUGGCUACGUCAAUGUUCGAGCUGGAGCUACGCUGCGAUCAGCGGAUGGGGCGAUGCCGAUAACGCCACCUUCACUCUACUCCACGAUUGCCGCUGUCGCGCUCUUUCCGGCCCCUUCGCGCUGAUGAACGAGGUCAAUGUCGUCGUUCCCGAUCAUGGAGUUUGGGCGUUGGAGCUCGCAGAUCCGACAAAUAGAUUCGUCCCUGAUCGCGUAGCUAUGCCAACGCGUGCGUUUUCUGAAAAAUCAAGGCGCCUUCAGUCGGUGAAACUGGCUAUUGCAAUUUGCCAAAGUGGUGCGGCCUUGACGAAUCUAUUGAAGCCAAUCGGAGGUAACAUUCGCUCCUUAUCGAUCGCGGUGUUGGAACCUUACCAACCGGUUACCGUUGAUUUAAACGCAUUAGCAGGCGCUUGCGCAAACCUGCGAAGUAUUUGCCUCAACCGAAUCAACGUGACCGCAAAUACUUCCAGUGAGGCGCCAGCGGUUGGUUCACGACGGAUCGCGACGAUGGCACAGUGGGGGUUCCUUCGACCAUGGGGCCAAGUGCUCGCCACUAACAACGUGCGCAUGCGCUAUACGCCCUGUAUUCGCUGCGCGGACAGCAACGUGUUCGUGAAGGUCGAGUGGCUCUCCACCAAGAUCAAAGGUAUCAAUCGAUGGGAGACCAGAAGCCUCCGUACAACGUUCGAAGUAAUGAUCCCAGCGAAUGAAGAAGACCAGCGACGCGUCCGAGAGGCAAUAGAACUCUUCACCAUGCUGACAGCCGUUGAUAACAAAGUUUUCAAGAAGUUGGUGGCUCAGUAA